AUGUCUUUGAAUCAGCAAUUGUUGCAGGACCCUGACUUAACUAAUCGUAUUGUAGGGGUGUUGAGCCAUUUUCGCCAAGAGACUGUCGGCCUUGUAGCCGAUAUACAAUCAAUGUUUCAUCAAGUAAGAGUGGAACCCAGAGACUCUGAUGCAUUAAGAUUUUUGUGGUGGGAGGGAGGAGAGCUAUCAGCAGAGUUAGUGGAGUACCGAAUGGUGAAACACAUAUUUGGAGCGACGUCGUCGCCAAGUGUCGUGAACUUUUGUUUGAAGAAAACUGCAGAGAUGGACGGAGGGCAGAAUUCAGAAGUUGCAAGUGUCAUCAACAGGAACAUGUAUGUCGAUGACCUCAUGAAGUCAACUGAAACAGUGACAGACGCAAUUGUGCUGGCAAACAAAGUUCGUGAGCAGCUCAGCAAAGGUGGUUUUCAUCUAACAAAAUGGUGCAGUAAUGACAGGAGAGUCAUAGCUGCUAUUCCAGAAUCAGAGAGAGCUAAGACAGUUGUGAACUUGGAGCUUGAACAGCUUCCAACCCAAAGUGCCUUAGGAAUGAAGUGGGACAUUGAAGAUGACAAAUUUGUGUGGGAGGUCUCAGACAAACUUAUGAGUGCGUCUUCCAAGAAACCAGUGACAAGACGUGGCAUAGUGUCUGUUGUGUAUUCUUUAUUUGAUCCACUUGGGUUCAUUGCACCAUACAUCAUGAAGGCAAAACUGCUACUUCAGAUGUUAACCAGAAAGAAGAUUGGAUGGGAUGAACCACUUGAAGAGAACGAGACUGUGCAGUGGUCAAGAUGGCUAGACGACCUUAGCAAGCUUGAAGAGGUGAAGAUUGAUCGCUGUUUCAGACCCAAAGGAUUUGUAAAGGUUCAAGAAACCCAGUUACACCUGUUCUCAGAUGCCUCGAGACAAGGUUAUUCAUCGGUCGCAUACCUUCGUUUUGAAGAUGUUGAGGGGCGAGUCCAUUGUUCGUUCGUCAUGGGCAAGGCCCGGUUAGCUCCAAUCAGAGAAAUUUCCAUUCCAAGACUUGAGUUGACUGCAGCAGUCAUCUCUGUGAAACUCAGCCAUGCUAUCCGUGAUGAAUUGGAUCUGACCGUGAACAAAGUCAUUUACUGGACAGAUUCCAACUCUGUUUUGAAGUGUAUAAACAAUGAAACCAAGAGAUUUCACACCUUCGAGUCCAACCGCCUGACGAUUAUACACGAUGGUUCUGCUCCCCAAGAAUGGCAAUAUGUCAACAGAGACGAGAACACGGCAGACGAUGGAUCAAAGGGUCUAAAGCUAGACGUUCUGAUCAAGAACAACCGAUGGCUGACAGGUCCUAAGUUUUUGUGGAAAGGGGGAGAAUACUGGCCAAAGAUGAUUGAGGUCCCUUGCCUCAAGGAUGAAGAUCCAGAAGUCAGAAAGGAGAAUCAAGUUUAUGUGACAGCGGUCAGUUGUGAUGUCAUGGAGAAGCUUAUUCUGUACUAUUCAUCCUGGUGGAAGCUCAAGGUAGCAAUUGCCUGGUUGCUGCGCUAUAAACAGUAUCUUAUGAACAAGUUUCUACAACUCAGAGAAGGUUGCCCAACCACACAUGAUUCAACGGAAGGAAGGAAUUACCUCAAACUUGACGAGCUUCGCGAGGCAGAGCAUGAAAUCAUGCGCUAUGUUCAACACAAAGAGUUCCCUGAUGUAACAGCUCUCCAGCCAGGAGCGGAUGAAAGGUCAGUAAAGAGGCUAAUGUCAGAAUCCUCAAGUUCAAGAUGGAGUGCUGAGAGUAGGAGGCAGUAA